CUGGCAACUUUAAGGUAAAUUAACUCGCCGCAGCAGCUGAACCGUGCUUAGAAAUUUUUUCACGAUUUUCGUUAUUUUCAGUUUUCGUGUAUUGCAGUAGUAAUUACAAGGAUAUCUAAUCCGAUCCUGUUUUAAGAUUCGUGGUUUCGAUAAAGUUGCAACUGUGGAUAGAUUACAUAAAAUGAUGGACGGAGGUGUGGUGCACCCCCAUCCUGGUGUGGUCCACGGGGGGGUCCCUGGUGGGGUCCCUGGAGUGGUGCCACACGGGAUGCCAGUGCACGGCGCGGGGCCAGACGGUGAGCACCCACCCCAUGGUCCGCGCCGCCGCUACCAGAACCGCCCCAAGCCACCCAACAACUUGGAACGUCUGCCACUGGAUGAAGCUGCUAAGAGGGAAAUGGAGUCAUUGCCGAUGAAGACCCCAGUCUCAGUGCUUCAAGAGCUGUUGGCUAGACGUGGGACUGUGCCCAAGUAUGAACUGGUGCAGAUUGAGGGCAUGAUUCAUGAGCCUACUUUCCGCUACAGAGUCACUGUUGCUGAUUUAGUGGCAAUGGGCACUGGCAGGUCAAAGAAGGAAGCCAAGCAUUCCGCUGCCAAAGCACUGCUGGACAAGUUAACUGGAGCCACCCCAGCUGAUCAGUCCACCAACGGAACAGUGCCAGAAAACACAACUGUGGUAUCGUCAUUCGAAGAUAAGCUGAUGGGCAAUCCUGUAGGCUGGCUGCAGGAGCUGUGCAUGUCUCGCUUCUGGCCACCACCCUCGUACCACGCGGAGAACGACGAAAAUGUUACCAGGCGUCUGCCUCAUGAGCGCCAAUUCACUCUGGUAUGCACGCUGCUGAAGCGCCGUGAAGUUGGCACUGGAAAGUCUAAAAAGCUGGCCAAACGGCAGGCAGCUUACAAGAUGUGGCAGGCGUUGCAGGACAACCCGCCGGAAUCCUUCCAACCUGAGGAAGAGGGCGGAGUGGCGGCCCGCUAUGCUGACUUGAAAGAUAGUAAAAUCUCCACACUCACAACGAGUCACAGCCACAAGGUGUCACAGUUUCACAAACACCUUAAACAGUCUGUCGGCCCGAACCUGGCCAAGUUGCAGGUGACUCCAUUGAACAACAAGGAUUUUAAUUUUGUUCAAUUCUUACAAGAGAUUGCUUCUGAACAAUCGUUCGAGGUAACCUAUGUGGAUAUUGAAGAGAAAUCCAUGACUGGGCGCAGCCAAUGCCUGGUACAACUGUCUACUUUGCCUGUGGCGGUAUGCUACGGGUCUGGCCUCACUAGCAAGGACGCCCAGGCUUCGGCCGCCCAGAACGCGCUCGAGUACCUCAAGAUAAUGACAAAGAAGUGAAACACCUCCAAAUCUCGCGACAUCAAUUGUUCACGCCUAGUGUCGACCUAUGCCUAUGUGAAUGAUAAAUAAAUAAUGACCACAAAAGUUCUUCCAACGGAAUACUUUCACAAUGGGGUCAGACUAUACGGCUUUGAUUACAUUACUGUUCGAUCUACUAGUCUUCCGAUUUUUGUAUGCGCCUCGUAAAUUGAACCUGUGCAAUAUUACUAUAACUAAUCAUCAGUACACUUUGCGUCACUUCACCUCACAAUUAUUUUUACUUUGAGACCAAUAUAUAAAAUAUAUUGGUCUCAAAGUAAAGCUAAUUAAACUUAGUAAGGUUCCAAUAGCAUAAUAGAGGUGGUUCUUUUUCUGAAAUUUCGUGGCGUUUUUACUACUAUUUUAUAAUUUCUGCAUCAUACUAAGUAAAACCAGACUUGUGUAGUCUGAUCCUUAAACGUCGACGAUAUUAGAUUGCCGCACGAUGGUCUGUGGUUGAUGUCGCCAGGUCUCGAGUCUGUACUAAUCUUUAUUACCACUAUCAAUUUGAACGGCAAAUAAAAUGCCCAUGUGCUGCAGCACUUCGGGCUAUGCUGUCUAUCUGGCAUAUUUGCAGUGCGCUACUUGUGAAUUCUAAUUCUCUUCAAAAAUAGAAACAGUUGCAUGUAUUUCUGUGUACAAAUGAAUGCAGUGAACCUUCUUUGGUUUUUUUUCAGACCAAAGAUAAACUCAAGGUUUGUUAAAACUGGUACGGAUAGGAAUAGGGUCCUAUCCUGUACAUAGUGCCGCAUAAUAAUGUAUAACUUUUGUGAUGGGUUGCCAACUAUUUGUUGCAGUAUAAAACAUGACUGAAUUGUGGUUGUAUUUCACUCAUUGCAAAUUUCGUAUCAAGAUCAAUAAUGUUGCUGGAUACUAAUACUUCCUUAAAAGGAGAAUGCCGGAACACGGUUUUGUUUGGUGCUUCAUUCAAAUUGGUAUCAAAAUCAAGUUUUUGUUUUUUUUUUUAAAUCUCUUAAAUCCCAAGCCGACGACGGUUAAAAAUCUUUUAAGUAAAUAAAUUAGUGGUUCUAUUAUUUUCGUCAUGUUGUUUAAAUCUACUUACAAAAAUCAAAAGAUGUUCGUCACUUGUGUACGUAAAAAACAAUACAAAACGAAAAUACAUAUUAUGACCGUACCAUCAAUACAAUAAUCGCAUGUGUCAAAAAUAACCUUAAUUCACCAACUUCAUUUUCAGCUUGUAACUCUGAAAUCCGGCGAACUAGAGUUUCGAUGGUUUUGGUAAUGUAUUGUGAUUAUUAAACCCUUCAAAAUGAGAUAUUUUCCAUGAAGGCACCUUAUAAGUACUAUGUGAAACCAAAUCCCAUAUUAUCUCCGGCAUUCUCCUUUGCACAUUUUGGAGACAGGUGCCUGAGUAAAGCCGUUUCAGAAAAGUUCACGAAUGCAGAUCAAGUUAAUUGGAUUUUAUUCCAUUUUAUUUUAUACUAAUCUCAUACCCAGGUACUUGAACAUCGUGCAUUUCUAUGACAAAUUCUGAGAAGUUGUUGUGUUUUAAUGGUGCCUUAAUAUUUAAAAUGUUCAACAAGCAAUAAAUGAUAGACUGGUAAAUGAUAGUGAUAAAAACUUUUUUUUUUAUAAAGCCUAUGUUUAUGUUAAACGUUAUUUCACAAGUACAAAAAUUUACAAAUGUGUGCAUGCUUUUAACUGCUAAUGUGCGAGAGUAAAUAGCAUAGCCCGUAAACAUAAAAGAAACAAAGUAUGGAGUGGUCAUAUUACAAAUACAAGCUAUACUUUGCAUAGAAUUAGUGUAAUUUUCCCAGCGUGGAAAUUACUCAAUAAAUAAAAAAAUUAAAAAAACAAAAAAAAAUAUAUAAAAAUAAUUUAAAAAAAAAACAAAAAAAGUGUGGACUAUAAAUUUCCAGUUUAAUAUUCAGCAUUAUUUUAGGCAUGUUUUUGCAUUAAUAUUAAAUAAAAAUGAAAUCAUACUUACCCAAAAUGUUAGCUUUUAAUGUAUUAUAAUAAUUAUUAUGAAGUACUCAAAGUAUAGUAGCCAAUCCAUGGUAUUUUAGUUAGUCACUAUAGUUUUGAUUUGUUCUUUGUCCGGUGUGUUAAGGAUUUUUCUAACAUGCUGAGCAUUAAACGGAAAAAUAUUCUCAGCUGGUACAGUCUUGUUGACGAACUGCCCGACCUUUGCUUUGUAGUUCUGCCGUUUGGUACAAAGUGCAAGGGUUGGAACUCGCAGGCAACUUGCGCUCCGGUGCGGAGGCAGGGUUGCAGAUUGAAUUUAUUUUCAUAUUACCAGUGAUCGUAUAGGUUUUCUUUUUUAAACAAUGUUGGAAAACUUUGCAGGGAAGCUGAGAACUAGGUGUUAGAGUGAGGUAUCUCACUGAAAUUAACGGAUGCGAAGUUAGGAUCCCUUGCCUGUGAAAAUGGGCAUUAUUUUAAUGCAAAGUAUAGAGGUUGUAACAAUUCUACCGUACAGCGUCGUCGUCGCUCGCCGCGGCGCAACGACGAGGACUCUGCACUCACACAGUUUCUUUUAAAUUGAAUGGUGUGAGUUCGACCUGC